UGUCUGGCCCCACCAGACAUUGGAAGGAGAACAAACCAACCUACCGCAGCCAGCGUGGUGCGAGGCCGACCAUGGGCACGUUUAGGCCACGCCGUCAGGAUAAUAUGGCCACCACCGGGGAGGAGACAACGCGGGCGACGUUACGCCGAACGCUGCAGAAAAGAAGCCACAUCCAUCAGCCAUCCGCUCGGAAGCCUGGACGCGCCAGCAGGAGACCGAAACACAUGGCGAAUGCCGGCAGACGCUCUGAGGGCGUGGGAGGAUUACCCCCCCCCAAACUCUAACCCCCUCCUCAGGCUGGCUGCUCGGCAUCCGCGGGCUUGUGCUCUGUCGAUUUAAACGCCGAAGGGGGUGUCUGCACAGGGACAAAGAACCCGCUGCUGGCCCUGGCUCAGCUGUGUAGAUGCUUCAGCUGGUGCUCUGGGACCCUGCGAGUGUGGGGGAAUAAGCAGACUAAGCAAUUGCUUAGGGCCCUGAGCAGCUCUAGGGAGCCCCUGUUUGCUUUGGGGUGGUGGGGGGGAAUAUUCCUGCUUCGGGCCUGCAAUGGGCCGGCCUGAGCCGGAACCACUGCACAGCAAAUUUUAGCUUCACCUCCUGAGCCUGGCCCAGCUGCGGCCGAGCGGUGGGACUUUUAGCUCUGUGUGGACCUGUGCUAACGAGCUCUUUGCUGGAGAGGAUUUUGCUAUCUGGUCAAACCCCACAAAACCCCAUCUAUGGAACCCAGGCUUGGCGAUUGGCAGAGGAAUGACUAGUGGCGUGGGUUUGCAGAGCCCCGCUUGACAGUCGUCGUGGGUUCCUACUUCACUUUUGCUGUCGCUCUUCCUUUUUUCCCUUCCUGGCUGCCCUCCGCUUUUUCUUUCUCUUUCCUGAAAUAGCUGGGGGUCUCUUUUCUUGCAGUCUUCAGAGCCAACUUCCUCUUUUCUCUGUCUCUGCCUCCUCCCUUCCCACUCCUACGCCUCCUGCCUUCUAGGUAUUUUCUCUCUCCCUCUCACCCCCCUAUCAAAUCCUACCAGCCUCUCCUACCCCCUGGAGGUGUUAACAGAGCCCUGCUGAGCAGCUGACUAACUCUGCUGGCUGCAGGGUGAUGGCAAAGCUGGGGGAGCUCUGAUCAGGGCAGUUCUCUGCCCUCUCUCUGGCUUCUGCCUUUUCUGCUGCUUUACCACUUCUCCCGCCUCUCUCUUUGAGUUCCCUGCCACUGCCAGCCGGUUCUGGGGCAUGCCAGGAGCUUUCCCAAGUGACCUCUGAAUGAAACUGACCGGCUGCUUGAGGGCCAGUUUCUACUUGGCUGCCGCUUGUGGAUUCUCUCAGGCACAGCUGAGGUGGGGGAGAUGGAGGCAUGUUUGCACUACUGAGCUGAUGGCCCCCUGGGUGCGGUGUACGUCCAUGGAAAGGGUUUUUCUGCCGGCGUAAUGACUUGCCUCCCUGACCGACGGUAGCAGUGCCAACAGAAUCUCUGUGCUCCUGCAUGAUCAAACACAGGCUUGGAUUGCGCAGGAGUUGACGGGAGUCGCCCGAGAGAGCGUUCUCCCCCUGGCUGAAUGGGGUUUUCAGGCUGUGUCCCUGGCCGUAACGGCACCUGAUGGCCCUUAGCAUCGGCUUCUGUGUGGAGCGCUGCUGGUGCCGCGUGUGCUGAUGGCAUGUGGCUGCUCGCAUCUGACCGGGAUCCCGCUGGUCUCCUGCCCAGUGAGCGGGACCUCUGAAGGACUGUAAUUCUGUGGUGCAUUUAUUAGGACCUUGUUCAUCUUCCCCCUGCCCAUGUGCAUUCCCAGUGGUGGUCAUGGUGCCACCUGGCGCACUCGAGGGCGUGCCAGUCCCACGAGUGUGAUGCAGGUGGGUGACUUCUGAGCGGUUGUCGCGACUGAGUGCCCCCCCUUUCUCUUUCAGGAGUUGCUGUGUGGGGCGGGGAAGGUUCCGCACAGGAGCUGGAGAACCAGGACCAUGCCGCCCCCUAAAGACGUGGUGAAAAUUGCCAUUCAGAUGAUGGGAGCCAUCCCGCAGCUCAUCGAACUCAACCAGACCAAGCCCCUGGCUGCGGUUGUGAAGGAGGUUUGUGACGUGUGGAACCUGGGCAAUGCCGAGCACUACGCCCUGCAGUAUGUGGACGGGCAGCAGACGUACAUCACUGAGUCGAACCGUGCGGAGAUUAAGAAUGGGAGCAUUCUGCGGCUGACCACUUCUCCAGAUCAGGAGGCUGAGCGGCUGCACAGCGGGAUCCGGAGUCACAACCUGGACGUGAAGGCAGACUCCCUGAAGAAGCUGGCGAACCUCUCCCGAGACAUCACCUUUGCCCAGGAGUUCAUCAAUAGGAACGGCCUGAAACAGCUCUUCCUUAUUGUGGAAGAAGGGAACGAUAUAGGGGAGAUUCUAGCUCACACCCUGAAGGCCUUCAUGGAGCUGAUGGAGCACGAUUUUGUCUCCUGGGAGACGCUGAGUCCGGCCUUCAUCAAAAAAAUAGUGAGGUACGUCAACACGGGUGGGAUGGACGCCUCUGUCCAGCAGCUCUCCCUGUCCAUCCUGGAGAACAUGGUCCCGAGCAGCCGCCUCCUCUUUGAGCUGGUCAAACGUGAAGUGACCCUGGAUCGCCUCCUCACCCACCUGCAGGUGACCAACCAGCAGCUGCAGCUCAAAGCCAUGGCGCUGCUCAUCGCCCUGCUGCUGAAUGCCAGCGAUGCGGAGAGGAGGAACAUUAUCCACGCCUCGGAGCCGAUGGGGGAUGAGAUGGCCCAUUAUCUCUACGUGCUGCAAUCCAUCACCCUCAACCUGCUGGAGCGGAGGAUGCGGACCCCCAUGGACCCCUACUCGCAGGAGCAACGGGAGCUUCUCCAGUUCCUGCGUCACAGUGCCUUCGAGUUGGAGAGCGAGCCUUCUGCCGGCACCGUCAGCGCAGAGCGCCGGCGCUCUGUGUGUGUCACGGAGUUCCGCAAGCUGGGUUUCCAGAACUACAGUAACCCUGCCCAGGACCUGCACCUCGCGCCUCCGGGACUGCUGGCCCUGGACAACAUGGUCUACUUCUCCAGACACUGCCCGAGCGCCUAUAGCAGAUUUGUCCUUGAGAACAGCAGCCGUGACGAUAAACACGAGUGCCCGUUUGCCCGGAGCAGCAUCCAGCUCACCCUGGCCCUCUGCGAGAUCCUGCAUGUCGGGGAACCAUGCUCGGAGACGGCCCAGGCCUUCUACCUCAUGUUCUUCGGUCAGGACCACUUCUUCCAAGAGCUCUUCUGUAUCUGCAUCCAGCUGCAGAACAAGACCUGGAAGGAGAUGCGUGCCACGCAGGAGGACUUCGACAAGGUGCUGCAGGUGGUCCGGGAGCAGAUCACCCGGACCCUGUCCCUCAAACCCACCUCCCUGGAGCUGUUCAAGACCCGAGUGAAUGCACUUAACUACAGCGAGAUCCUGAGACUGCGGCAGACGGAGAGGAUGCACCAGGAGGAGACGUUGGCCGUGCCCGUGCUGGAACUGCGAGAGAGGCUCAAGCCUGAGCUCCUGCAGCUGAUCCGCCAGCAGCGGCUCCUGCGGCUGUGUGAGGGGACCCUCUUCCGCAAGAUCAGCAGCCGCCGCAGACAGGAUAAGCUGUGGUACUGCCGCCUGUCCCCCAACCACAAGGUGCUGCACUACGGAGACGUGGAGCAGGGAGUGCAGAGCGCCCCCAUCGAGAGCCUGCCGGAGAAGAUUCCCGUGGCUGACAUCAAGGAGCUGCUGGUUGGCAGGGAGUGCCCGCACAUGAAGGAGAAGGGCUCCGGGAAACACAACAAGGAUGUCCUGGACUUGGCCUUCUCCAUUAGCUACGACGUGGAGGAGUACUACCUGAACUUCAUCGCCCCCACUCGCUAUGAGUUCUGCCUGUGGACGGACGGCCUGAACGUGCUGCUGGGUCGGGAGAUGACGAGCGAGCGAACCCAGAGCGAGCUCGACAUCCUGCUCUCCAUGGAGCUCAAGCUGCGCCUCCUGGACCUGGAGAACAUUUCCAUCCCUGACACCCCUCCCCCUGUCCCCAACCCCCCCAGCAAUUUAAACUUCUGCUAUGACUUCAGCCCCCAUGAACAGUGAGGGCCUUCGCCCCGGCCAUGGUGCUCUCGCUCCCCUGAGCCAGCCCCAGCUAGCGGUAAGUCUGGGCCAGAGGCUGCACUGGAAGGGGGAGGAAGGGAAAACCUGGCUCCCCACCGUGGCCCCUCUUGCUGGGCAGAGAGCGAGUGGGGGAGGAGACUCACUCUGACCUGGGCCCUGAUCCCCUUUCCCCCCUUGUCCUGGUUCUGCCCCGGCGGAGCUGCUGAGCCUGCCCCUUCCCCCAGGGCAGCCUCCCACCGCUUCGACUUGCUGCCCUGACCGAGCGGGGCUCACCGCAGUGUCUCAUUGCCCCUCACUGCACUGGUGCUGCUGCUGUUACUGCACCAUGGGGGGUGGCCUGGGGCUCCCCGGUCCGCAUGGCAGCCUGCUCCUGGGGGGUUGACAGAGCCUUUGGCUGGUGCCAUCCUCCCACAGGAGUCCUCAGCUGCUGAGCUGGUACGAUACGGGACACCUGGGCACGCCCCAGGGAAAGACGCCAAGGUGGCGCCUGAGAAGGUACGAUCCUGUGCUGCCCCGCGCUCCCCCUGCCGCUCUCUGGGCACGGGAGGCACAGUGAUAAGUGACAGCCUGGGCGGGGGGGGCUGGUGCCUCUCCCUGGCCCGGUACCUGCUGAGGCUCUCUCUGCUGCUGGCUCAUCAGCCAGAGGCCUGGCUGACAUUCAGCACCGCCUGAGGAAGCUAAAAUGUCACACUGCAGGGUAGGGGCCAGCUGUUGCCCUGAGCUUUGACGUGGUGCUAGCAGCCCGUGUUAUUCUUUAUGGACAAGAGGGCGUUUGGGGGGAAAUCUGCCUUCCAGCAGCUACGGUGUUAACGCUGCUGGGGCCAAAUGGCUGAGCAAUUCACUGAGUACAAGAAAGGGGAGUCCUGCCAGAGCCCCACCAGGCCUGUGGCGCAAGCUGCAUGAGGUGAGCCGAGCUGCCCCUGGUCCCAGCCCAGCACUGUCUGUCUGGCCCCGGGAUCCACUGCCCCCUUAGCCAGAAUGCUGCACUUACUAACCGGCCAGCCUGCUUCCCUGGCCCCUCACCCUGCUCUGUACCGCUCCAGCCUGGGGCCUCUACUGAGAGGGACCCCAUGGCACCAGCCCCCCUCCUCUGGUAUGUGGCACUGUAAUAAUACUAAGGGGACCUGCCUGAUUGUCUCAGCACUGGACCUGCACUGUCCCCUGCCCUGGGGCUGGAGAGGGCUGAGAACAGAUCCCUUCCACCCCCCAGCGUUUGGGCAAUAAACACUUGUAUGGAGAAA